AUGGACCGGCCCCCGAAAAGACAGCGUCUAUCCGGGGACGUCAAGGAGUCCAAGACAGGAAAUAGACACCCUGGUCCUCAAUCUCUGAGCCGGGCCAUCAGCCCUCCUAAGAAAAGGAACCGACACGGCGAUCGUAUUGCAUCACCUUUCCAGCUUACCCGCAUUCGAGAUUUGCCUGAAGCCGCGAACAAGGAUACCGUUACGCUGAAAGACAUCCUCGGUGAUCCUUUGAUUGCUGAAUGUUGGGAGUUUAACUUCUUGCACGACAUACAUUUCCUGAUGAGCCACUUUGACGAGGACACGAGAAACCUAGUCAAGGUCCACGUUAUCCAUGGUUUCUGGAAAAAGGAGGAUCCGAACCGGUUGGCUCUCCAGGAAGAUGCAGAAGCAUACCCAAAUGUCGAGCUCCAUGGCGCUUUCAUGCCCGAGAUGUUCGGAACUCAUCAUUCCAAAAUGAUGGUUUUGAUCCGCCACGAUGACUCGGCCCAAGUGAUCAUACACACGGCCAACAUGAUUGUCAGAGACUGGACGAACAUGACCAAUGCUGUCUGGCGAUCGCCGUUGCUUCCACUCCUUUCUGACGAUCAUGCCGAAGAUGCUUCGGCAACCGACCAUCCUUUUGGGACAGGGAAGAGGUUCAAACAUGACCUGCUUAGCUACUUGAGAGCCUAUAAUGCCCGCAGACCAAUCACCAGAACCUUGGUCACCCAUCUGUGCAAUUACGACUUUUCGAGUGUGCGAGCUACAUUCAUCGCUAGCGUUCCCGGGCGCCAUCCCAUUCACGACACUUCACAGACGGCCUGGGGCUGGCCGGCGCUUAAGAGAGCAUUAGGCAGCGUCCCUGUACAAGAAGGGGAGUCCGAGAUCGUGGUCCAGGUAUCGUCCAUCGCCACUCUGGGACCUACAGACAGUUGGAUUCAGAAAUGUCUCUUCGAUUCUCUCGCAGCGUCAAAAAACAAACCAUCGAGCCGCCCUAAACCAAAGUUCAAAGUGGUGUUCCCAACCGCGGAUGAAAUCAGACGAAGCCUUGACGGGUACGCAUCCGGUGGUUCAAUCCAUACGAAAAUCCAGUCUCAACAGCAGAUGAAGCAAUUGCAAUACCUGCGGCCCAUCUUCUGCCAUUGGGCAAACGAUGCCCCGGAAGGAAAGAUGUUGUCCGAAACAGCGGCAAUCCAAAAAGCCGGUCGAGAACGAGCAGCGCCGCACAUCAAGACCUACAUUCGUUACGGCGAGAAGUCGAUAGACUGGGCCCUCGUCACCUCGGCCAAUAUUUCCAAGCAAGCAUGGGGCGAGGCAACGGGAGCGUCGCAAGAGGUUAGGAUCGCAUCGUGGGAGGUCGGAGUACUGGUCUGGCCUUCUAUCAUAACGGACAACGCGACGAUGGUCGGUACCUUCGAGACGGACAUGCCUCCCAGAGAGGGAGGAAGCGGAGAUACAGUAGUCGGAUUGAGAAUUCCCUACGAUCUGCCACUUCAGUCCUACGGCAAAGAUGAGAUACCCUGGGUGGCGAGCAUGGCCCAUACGGAGCCAGACAGGAUGGGAAGAUUCUGGGGCGCCGAGUAG